GCCAAGGCAGAGGGGCCGGAUGGGGCGGGCCCGGCCCAGGUGCAGAGUCCUCGGGGUUCCGAUCUGCCCCACUGCCGGGCCUGCUGUUGUCUUCUCUGCUCGCCGCUUCCUCCGCUCGCCACCCGGCCCGACCCGCUGAUCGCCAUGUCCUUCGUCCCAGUGGCCGCAGACUCGGACUUCCCCAUCCACAACCUGCCCUACGGCGUGUUCUCCACCGAUGUCAACCCAAGACCAAGAAUUGGUGUGGCCAUUGGUGACCAGAUCCUGGACCUCAGCGUCAUCAAGCACCUCUUCACUGGGCCCAUCCUCUCCCAGCACCAGGCCGUCUUCGAUGAGCCAACACUCAACAGCUUCAUGGGACUGGGCCCUGCGGCCUGGAAGGAGGCUCGAGCGACCCUGAAGGACUUGCUCUCAGCUGGCCAGGCUAAGCUACGGGAUGACCUGGAGCUCCGGCGGCGGGCAUUCACAGCCCAGGCGAUCGCCAAGAUGCACCUUCCAGCUGCCAUCGGGGACUACACAGAUUUUUACUCCUCCCGGCAGCAUGCGGUCAAUGUGGGCAUAAUGUUCAGAGGCAAGGAAAAUGCACUCAUGCCCAACUGGCUGCACCUGCCCGUGGGCUACCAUGGCCGCGCAUCCUCCGUGGUGGUGUCCGGCACUCCGAUCCGCAGGCCCAUGGGGCAGAUGAGACCCGAUGAGUCCCAGCCCCCUGUGUACGGCCCCUGCAAACUCCUGGAUAUUGAGCUAGAGAUGGCUUUCUUUGUUGGCCCCGGGAACAAGUUUGGGGAACCUGUCCCCAUCUCCAAGGCCCAGGACCACAUCUUCGGGAUGGUCCUCAUGAAUGACUGGAGUGCCCGGGACAUCCAGAAGUGGGAAUACGUGCCUCUGGGCCCCUUCCUGGGGAAGAGCUUUGGGACCACCAUCUCCCCCUGGGUGGUGCCAAUGGACGCCCUCAUGCCCUUCGCUGUGCCCAACCCGGAGCAGGACCCCAAGCCCCUGCCGUAUCUGCGCCACAGCCAGCCUUACACUUUCGACAUCCACCUCUCGGUCGCCGUGAAAGGAGAGGGCAUGAGCCAGCCGGCCACUAUCUGCAGGUCCAAUUUUAAGCACAUGUACUGGACAAUGCUACAGCAGCUGACACACCACACUGUCAAUGGCUGCAACCUCCGGCCCGGAGAUCUGCUGGCAUCUGGGACCAUCAGUGGUCCGGAGCCUGAGAGCUUCGGGUCCCUGCUCGAGCUGUCUUGGAGGGGCACCAAGGCCGUGGCACUGGGUGGUGGACAGACCAGGAAGUUCCUGCUGGAUGGGGACGAGGUGGUCAUCACAGGCUACUGCCAGGGGAACGGCUACCGCAUUGGCUUUGGCCAGUGCACUGGGAAGGUGCUGCCUGCCCUGUCACCGGCAUAAGGUCCCUAUGUACUGCGGGGAGCUCUGAACCUCCCAUAACAGUCUCCCCUCUAUGAGCAAUAAAGUACGUGGUGCAUAUCCUGAA